AUGCAAGGUAAGAUCAAAUCCAAUCUGCUUCCAUCAUUAUCAUCAUUUGCAGCCUCCGAGACUCCAUCAUUGUCCACAGAUGGGUUUAACCCGACCAAAGCACUGCAACCAUCUAGAGAAACCUCUAUGCAGCCGACACUCGAUGAUUUCGGAAGCCAUUGCCUAGCAACCAGAGUCCCAUUAAGAGUAAAGGAUUCUGAACACGAGGCAACAAUUCCGAGGUCUGAGUUCACAGAGCAGCAUGUGAUUUCCCCAAAAUGCCCCCGGAGAACGUGUACAGGGCCUUCUAUCCGUUUGCCCCUGUUUUUGUUGGCUGAGCUGGAAUUUCCGCCUGGAGAUGUGGGUGUAGUUGGAUUACUGGAAGGCUCGAGUGAGUUAGUCGAGCGUGGCAUAGAUGAUCGGCACGUGACAGGAGCACAAUGUCCUCGUGCUAUCUCUAAGGUUUUUGCUCCGUCGGCCGAAAUAAUGACAAUUUCUCCAUCACAAGUGAUUGAAACUAUUCCUGUGCUUCGGAUUCCAGAAGCUGGAAAUGCCAGCGCCUGUGGGAAUUGCCACUCAUCUGAUCCAGGGGUAGUUGACCCUUUGAACAUUCGCAUAAAAUUCCCACCAGCAGCACCUGUGCCAGGCUUUCCAUGCUGA